CACUCCUGGAAACUUAUCCCGAGCCAAAGUGUUCGUUUGCGGCGGUUGAGCGACCCGGCGGCGCGUUCCGAGGCGGAAGAAGGUCGUCGGGAGGCGGGGAAGAACAAGUUUGAGCGCCAAGUUAAAUCGCCUCCUCCCCGCUUGACUUGACCGAGGCGCGCCCGCUUGCCGCCCCGCUCAUUGCGACCCGCCGCCGGCCUGCUGCCACCACGCUGACGCAGAGCUCCUCCGAGACGACGAAAGCCACCCAUCGCCUCCUUCAUCGAUGCACUGACCGAUUGAUCCAUCGAUUCAGUUCAUGCUCGACAUUGAUUGUGACCGCGAGUGAACUUCAAGAGCAGCAUCUUGAGGUUGACUCCCAAGAAGAAUCACCAACCCCGGGACUAGAAUGCUGGGAAGUCGGGAAGUCACUGAUCAAGAAGCCCAGUGUGUUGCUAGCGAGGCGGCCAACGUCAAGACGGCGAGGCCGAGGAAGAGGAAAGCAGAUGUUGCCAUUUAUUUACAAGAUGUGGAUGAGGACGCGGCAGAGAUGACCAAGAAGAAGCAGCGAGACUGUGAGGCGGCCUGGCGGUCCAAGGAGGGUGCGUACGCAAGUCCUCCGCGCGGGUUGUCCACGCUGGAUGGCAAAGACGAGCGUGAGCAGCAGAUCACCUUGAUCAACGCCGGCUUCCCGCACUACAACCUCACGAACGUCUUUGCUACGCCCGUACAUUGCGCGCCGCUGCCUGCGCUCUGCUGGGCGAGUAAGGACGUGGUGUGGAACAACAUGCUGGCCAAGGAUAAGACAUACACGCGCAACGUCAACAUGAUGGCCAAACAUCCUCACCUUCAGCCCAAGAUGAGAGCUGUGCUGCUCGACUGGCUCAUGGAGGUGAGCGAGGUGUACAAGCUUCACCGCGAGACGUACCACCUGGCUCAGGACUACUUUGACCGCUUCAUGGCCACGCAGACCAACGUCUUCAAGUCCACGCUGCAGCUCAUCGGAAUCAGCUGCCUUUUCAUCGCAGCCAAAGUCGAAGAGAUGUACCCUCCCAAAGUGCACCAGUUUGCCUACGUGACGGACGAAGCCUGCACCGAGGACGAGAUCCUCAGCAUGGAGGUCAUCAUCAUGAAGGAGCUGAAGUGGAGUCUGAGCCCGCAGACGCCCGUCUCCUGGCUCAACGUCUACAUGCAGGUGGCCUACCUCAAAGAGUCGGACCAGCUGCUCAUCCCCAAAUAUCCGCAGGCCACCUUUACGCACAUCGCCGAGCUCCUGGAUGUGUGCAUGCUCGACAUGCGCUGCCUGGAAUUCUCCAACGGCGUCUUGGCCGCCUCGGCCCUCUUCCACUUCUCGUCCCUGGAGCUGGUCGAGAACGUGUCGGCGUUAAAAAGGGCGGAGCUGGAGGAAUGCGUGCGGUGGAUGGUGCCGUUCGCCGUGGCGCUGCGCGAGUCGGGCGGCUCGCCCAUGAAGACCUUCUCCGGCGUAGCUGCCCAGAUGGUCCGCUAG